AUGUUAUCUGCACGCCGUAUCCUCACACCAAACAACCUACGUAUCUUAUCAGGCCGCGUGGCCGCAUAUCAUACCUUGCAUGAACAACAAGCUACCGUUCUUCCCAACAAGGUCGAAACUGCAAGCGCCAGCUUCAAGGAAAAUGCUGAAAAAAUGCAAAAGGCCGUGGAGGAUCUCGAGUUGACCAUUGAGAAAAUCAAGUUGGGAGGAGGUGAACGUGCACGACAAAGACAUCUCUCUCGAAACAAGAUGCUUCCACGUGAUAGAAUCAACCGAUUGCUCGAUCCAAACUCGCCAUUCUUGGAGUUGUCGCCAUUGGCUGGUUAUGAGUUAUACGAUGAUGUGGUCCCUGCAGGUGGUAUCAUCACUGGUAUUGGCCGUGUUAAUGGUACGGAGUGCAUGGUUGUUGCCAAUGACCCCACAGUCAAGGGUGGAUCGUACUAUCCAAUCACAGUUAAGAAGCACUUGCGUGCUCAAGAAGUAGCAAAGGAAAACAACCUUCCUUGUAUUUACCUUGUGGAUUCUGGAGGUGCCAACCUUCCUCGUCAAGCUGAUGUGUUCCCUGAUCGUGAGCACUUUGGACGUAUCUUUUAUAAUCAAGCAAACAUGUCUGCCAUGGGUAUUCCACAAAUUGCUGCAGUGAUGGGCUCUUGCACUGCUGGCGGUGCAUACGUGCCUGCCAUGUCCGAUGAGAGCAUUAUUGUUCGCAAGCAAGGUACCAUUUUCUUGGCUGGUCCACCUUUGGUCAAGGCUGCUCUUGGUGAAGAAGUCAAGGCUGAGGAUCUUGGUGGUGCUGAUUUGCAUUGUCGCACCUCUGGUGUCACCGAUCAUUAUGCACUUGAUGAUGAACAUGCUUUGGCCAUUGCUCGACGUGUUGUUGGUACAUUGAAUCGCACAAAGGAUCCUCAGCUUGCCUUGAAGACCCCUGAGGAACCAUUGUAUUCGCCCGAUGAAAUCGGUGGCAUUGUAGGUGACAAUCUCAAAAAGUCCUUCGACAGCAAGAACAUCAUUGCCCGCCUUGUGGAUGGCAGUCGUUUUGCUGAAUUCAAGGAACACUAUGGCACUACCCUUGUCACUGGCUUUGCACACAUCCACGGCUAUCCUGUGGGUAUUGUAGCCAACAAUGGUAUCCUGUUCUCCGAAUCAGCUCUCAAGGGUGCUCACUUUAUUGAACUUUGCUCUCAACGUGGCAUUCCAUUGGUAUUCUUACAAAACAUUACCGGCUUCAUGGUUGGUUCUUCUGCUGAAGCUGGUGGUAUUGCCAAGAACGGUGCCAAGUUGGUGACAGCUGUCUCUUGUGCUCGUGUUCCCAAAUUCACUGUUAUCACUGGUGGCAGUUUCGGUGCUGGUAACUAUGGCAUGUGUGGUCGUGCCUACUCCCCUCGAUUCUUGUGGAUGUGGCCUAAUGCCAGAAUCUCUGUGAUGGGUGGUGAACAAAGUGCUAAUGUAUUGGCUCAAAUCACUCGUGAAGCGAAGGAAAAGCGUGGCGAGACAUGGUCUCAAGAAGAAGAGGAAGCUUUCAAGGGACCUAUUCAACAAAAGUACGAGGCUGAAGGCCAUCCUUACUUCUCCAGCGCUCGAUUGUGGGAUGAUGGUGUGAUCAACCCUAGAGAUACUCGUUCCGUGCUUGGUUUGGCAUUGAGUGCCAGCUUGAAUGCACCCAUUGAAAAGACCAAGUUUGGUGUUUUCCGCAUGUAG